GGUCGCGCGGCUGCUGAAGGGGGCGGGCGCGCGCAGGAGGAGUGGAGGCGUAGGGGGGCGGGGGACCGCUCGCUUGCUCGCAAGAUGGCGGACGAGGACGGGGAAGGGAUUCACCCCUCAGCCCCGCACCGGAAUGGAGGCGGCGGCGGGGGGUCUGGGCUCCACUGCGCCGGGAACGGUGGCGGGGGAGGCGGCGGCCCGCGGGUCGUGCGCAUUGUCAAGUCCGAAUCCGGCUACGGCUUCAACGUGCGGGGCCAAGUGAGCGAGGGCGGGCAACUGCGGAGCAUCAACGGGGAGCUGUACGCGCCGCUGCAGCAUGUGAGCGCCGUGCUGCCCGGGGGGGCGGCCGACCGGGCCGGGGUGCGCAAGGGGGACCGCAUCCUGGAGGUGAACGGCGUGAAUGUUGAGGGGGCGACACACAAGCAGGUGGUGGACCUGAUCCGAGCAGGCGAGAAGGAAUUGAUCUUGACAGUGUUGUCUGUACCUCCUCAUGAGGCUGAUAACCUAGACCCCAGUGACGACUCCUUGGGACAAUCAUUUUAUGAUUACACAGAAAAGCAAGCAGUGCCCAUAUCGGUCCCCACAUACAAACAUGUGGAGCAGAAUGGUGAGAAAUUUGUGGUAUACAAUGUUUAUAUGGCCGGGAGGCAGCUGUGUUCUAAGCGGUACCGGGAGUUUGCCAUUCUGCACCAAAACCUGAAGAGAGAGUUUGCCAACUUUACAUUUCCUCGACUUCCAGGAAAGUGGCCAUUCUCAUUAUCAGAGCAACAGUUAGAUGCCCGGCGUCGGGGGUUGGAAGAAUAUCUAGAAAAGGUGUGUUCCAUCCGAGUCAUUGGUGAGAGCGACAUCAUGCAGGAGUUCCUGUCAGAAUCUGAUGAGAAUUACAAUGGCGUGUCUGAUGUGGAGCUGAGAGUAGCAUUACCGGAUGGAGCAACUGUUACUGUCAGAGUUAAAAAGAACAGCACCACAGACCAAGUGUACCAGGCUAUUGCAGCAAAGGUUGGCAUGGACAGUACAACAGUGAAUUACUUUGCCUUAUUUGAAGUGAUCAAUCAUUCCUUUGUACGUAAGCUGGCCCCUAAUGAAUUUCCUCAUAAACUGUACGUCCAGAAUUACACAUCAGCUGUGCCAGGCACCUGCCUGACCAUUCGCAAGUGGCUCUUUACAACAGAAGAAGAAGUCCUCUUAAAUGACAAUGACCUUGCUGUCACGUACUUCUUUCAUCAGGCUGUUGAUGAUGUAAAGAAAGGUUACAUUAAAGCGGAGGAGAAGUCUUACCAGUUACAGAAGCUGUAUGAACAAAGGAAGAUGGUCAUGUACCUCAACAUGCUAAGGACCUGUGAGGGCUACAAUGAAAUCAUCUUCCCUCACUGUGCCUGCGACUCCAGGAGGAAGGGGCAUGUUAUCACAGCCAUCAGCAUCACGCACUUUAAACUUCAUGCCUGCACUGAAGAAGGGCAGCUGGAGAACCAGGUAAUAGCGUUUGAAUGGGAUGAGAUGCAGCGAUGGGACACAGAUGAAGAAGGAAUGGCCUUCUGUUUUGAAUAUGCACGAGGAGAGAAGAAGCCUCGAUGGGUUAAAAUCUUCACACCAUAUUUCAAUUACAUGCAUGAGUGCUUUGAGAGGGUGUUCUGCGAGCUCAAGUGGAGAAAAGAGAAUAUUUUCCAGAUGGCGAGGUCACAGCAGAGGGAUGUGGCCACCUAGCCUUUCCUCAUCCCUUCCCCUUCCCUUUGCCCUCAGCCUCUUAGCCUUUUCAUCUUUCAUGUCAGACAGUAACCAUUAACACAAAAGAAGAAAAAAGGAAAAAAGUCAUUAUAUCCCAAAGUCCUAAGCUAAAUAUUAUUAAUAACCUCCUGUGAAUUUUACACCUCUGGACCUGAGCUGGUAGCGAGCAGCAGGUUGAUAGUGCCAGAAGUCCACUGAGAUCAGACAGAAACAAGCCCAGCACCUCGCCAAAGUCAUCCUUGUCCUUUUACCCGGGCCUCAUAACAACAGACUCUCCUUGUACUAUAUUUUUAAAACUGGAACUAUGAACUCCAUCCAUUUGCACUGUUCAAGCAUAUAUAUGUAUGUAUGUAUGUAAAAAUUAUAUAUACACAAAUUAGCUGCACGUAUAUACAUAUAUAUUUCUUUUUAAAUUUCAUAUUGAUGGCAGAACCUUUUUUAGCUUGUGUUUUUACACACCUUUCACUGAAUUCAUGACCUCUCUCUUGCUCUCUUUAUUUUGAAACAAACUUUAAAAAGGAAAAAAAAAUACAGGGAAAAUACCUCUCCUCAUGAAGGACUCGAAAAGUUUACAACCUGCUUGGGUUUUCCUCCCUUUCUGUAUUGAGUACGGUUUCUGGCUGUUGGUUUGCCAUAGAGUCUGAGGAGCGAGGAGUGUAGUGUCUUUAUCUUCAAGGGGUGCUGAGGAGGAGAAAGGCUGUUUCUCAAGAGCGGCGAGGCUGCAGAGAGUCUGAAGACCGAUAGUCUUGAUUGCAAGUCAUUUUCCUGAUCCAUCCUGCAUCUCCUUCCUGUUUCUUUAGGGUCUUUUAUAUAAAGCUUCCUUUCAACUGGCCCAAACCAGAGUUCAGGGUCACAUGAGGCUGUUCCCACAGGAAACUGACACUUCUCUUCCGUGACAGACAGGGAUCGUAUCAGGAGUAAAGCUUGGCGUCUGAGGCACCAAGGCAGGACAUGUGGAGGGGAGGGAGGGAAGAAGGAAGGAAGGAAGCAGUGCCUCAUGUGUAUAAGGGCCUUACCUCCUCCAUUCCUGUCCAGUAACCAUCUAUAUUUUAUAUCCUCUGUGAGUUCUUUAAACAGUUGUGUGUGGAGGGAGUGCCUUGGGUAAACUUAGCCCUGUUCAUGACAGCUGAGGGCCCAAGAAGUGGGAAUAUGGUCGGUUUUAGUUGACCACCACCAUUUCCUUCAAAGGAGACUGAGGAGAAAACUCUUAGAGUUCUUUACCUGGGGGUGGGCCUGGGCCGGUUCUGUUGGUAGAGUGCUUGCCUAACAUGGGUGAAGCCCUAAGUUCCAUCUCCAGCACUACAUAAAACUUGGGUGUUGUAGUGCAUCCCUGUAAUCUCAGCACUUGGGAGGGGAAUACAGGAAACUCAGAAUUUUCAAGUCCACCCCUCUGCUACCUAAUGAGUUCAAGGCUAUUCUGGAUCACAUAUCUCAAAGGUAGAAGAGUUUUUUACCUGCUCCUGCACUUAGGCCUCAUAGGACCUCAAAGCAACAUGUGGGACAGAGCCCAGGCUGGCACUAGAGUAAUAUUCUUAAACCUUGAGUUCUUGUGUAAGGAAUGUCAGGUUAGGUACAACUAAAACACAUCUUUGAAACUCUUUAUCUACUUUACCUUCAACAUUGAAGCCGCCAUCGGCUGCCUCUUUGGCUUUCUGAGGCUGAGAGGCAGCCAGAAUUGGAUGUGGUCGGCAGUGCUGGACUUGGUUUAAAGUUUCUUUCAAGCCUUGGUUUUGCAGAGCAUUAUGAGGCCACUUUUCUGUCUCCAUAAUUCUAGCAGCCAUUGUCCCAGGAAGGUGUGAACCUUUUCCCUUUCCUAUCCCUUUCCUCUCCAAGCCUGUGGGACCACAAGGUAUAAAAUAUGGUGAGUGUUUAAAGUUGAA